CCAGAACCAUACUUCCACAUCCACAUGUGCGGGUUCUCUUAGGGGCUCGUGCACGGGUUGAACUUCCUUUCACUCCCGACAUCUUGACGGUGGGACAUCAUGCCUCCUAAAGACGCCAAGGGGAAGGGGAAGGAUUCCGGGAAGUCUAAAAAGGACAAGGAUCCAGCCAACAAAUCCGGAGGGAAAGCCAAGAAGAAGAAGUGGUCCAAGGGAAAGGUGAGGGAUAAGCUCAACAACCUGGUCCUCUUCGACAAGGCCACAUAUGAAAAGUUGAACAAGGAAGUGCCCAACUACAAGCUCAUCACACCAGCAGUUGUGUCCGAGAGGUUAAAGAUCAGAGGGUCUCUGGCCAGGGCUGCCCUCCAGGAACUACUCAGCAAAGGCAUGAUCAAGUUGGUGUCAAAACACAGAUCGCAGGUGAUCUACACACGUAACACCAAGGGUCCCGAGGAGGAGGGUGGUGUUGUGGUUCCAGACAAGCCAGAGAAGCCUGAGAAGGCAGCUAAGGCAGCAAAGGCAGAGAAGGAGGAGAAAGCGUAACCUGGUUGUGAUUCCUGUGUUGUGAUGUAAGGUGAAUAAAAUUCUUAAAAGAGA